GCAGCGAGCAGCUAAGUGCCGCGCGCCAGAAAUGCCAUUUAGCAAGACAAACAUGGCUAACGAAGCAUUUCGCGAAGGAAAACCAUUUACAAAGAUCGCAAAUUUCCACUUCGGGUUUAUUUACUUUGUUUCCCCCCCCUUAUAGAGACAAACACGGGAGCCCCGCGGGAUGUAUAAAUAGAGAAAAUCCGAGGGGCUCUGCCUCAACCACCUACACCUCCACCGAUUUCCUGCAGCAACAUCACCGGCAGCACUCAAGUCCAGCUCCCCAGCGUCAUGGCGGCGUGGCUUCAGGCGUUCCCUCUGCUCCUGCUGCUGGUGUUGUCCUCCCCGGGGGCCGACGCCGCCGCCAACCAGCACCUGUGUGGCUCGCACCUGGUGGAAGCGCUCUUCCUGGUGUGCGGGGAACGCGGCUUCUUCUUCAACCCCGACACUAAAAGAGAUGUGGACUCCCUACUUGGCUUCCUAUCUCCAAAAUCAGGCCCAGAGAAUGAAGCUGAUGAGUACCGCUACAAAGAGCAGGCGGAGAUGAAGGUGAAGAGGGGGAUCGUGGAGCAGUGCUGCCACAAGCCAUGCAAUAUUUUUGACCUGGAGAAAUACUGUAACUGAGACCUGGGACUGAGACCUGGGACUCCCGCGCCUCCACAGCCACCAACGUUAACGACGACACACACCUCUGCAAGAAUUCACUCGUAAUCAUCCCGUGAAAAUGAAAAUUACAGGCGAUCCCGGUGUUUAUUUUUGUUAAGAAAUAAAAAUCAAUUAAAACACACGAUCGUUUUGCCUCGCUUCCCUUCUCGGGAGUCACAUGUACGAGGAUCCUGUAUGUAUUACAAGCGAUGACAAACUAUCACGACACAAAGCACAAGCUGGCUUGUGAAUGGAACAGAGAAGCAGAGAUGCAUCCUGUGCAAAUAUUUUAAUGGAUGAAAAUACAGGUGGAGGAGGCACAGUCAUUUGCACUGUUGCCUCCCACUUCUGGGACCUGGGUUUAAGUCUCUGGUGGGUUUCUACAUGUGUGGAGUUUGCAUGUUCUCCCCAUGACAUUGUGGGGUUUCCUCCCUACAAAAACAUGCUGAGGCUAAUUGGAGUUACCAAAUUGCACGUGGGUGAGUGAAUGCUGCAUGAGAUGGGUUGUUCCCUGCCCUGGAACACCCAUGACCAUGAAGAGAGUAAGUGGUUUCAG